AUCUCAUGCUAUAUAACCAUCAAGGUUUCUCCCGGACGGAAGGCACUCGUUCUCCAUCCAUCACAAAGUCUCUUUCAGAACGUGUAUAAUAGCAUUGAUCAGUGCAUUCUACAACCCUUCCAACUACUACACUAUCCUCUACAAACACUACACUCGUCUGUCGCUACCUCGCUCACUCACCAUGCCUUACCGCACCAACUACGAGCCUUAUACUAGCCAGAGCUUCGAGAUGAAGCGCGAACUUUCCACCGAAGAGAUCCUCUACCCUCUCGGGACACUCUACCCACACGUCGUGGCUCUUCAGCUCCAAACCGACGAGUACCCGUGGUGCAAGGCCAACCACUACGCUGGAUAUGACAGCAGCCUCUCAGUGGACGAAGCGUCGGAGCAUUAUUCGACCAAGUCGAUGCUACGCAGGAACAGUGACUCCACAGCAUGCCGCAUUGUGUCACGAAUUCGGCGACUACUCAACCGCGACGAAUUGCGACGUCGCCGACAGGCCUGAUUGCCUUCCUUCCUUUACAUUUAUGUUUUGUCGAUAAACUUUUUUUUUUUCUUCGACUUUCUUCGACGACAAUUAUUUUCAACAAGAUUAUGCAUAGCUACUGAGCGAUACCCGUCUGGCAUGACGGUUGUUUCAUUUGUUUAUCACCAACAUCAUCACAUCAUCACAUCAUAUCAACAUUGUCCAGCAUGCUGGAUCACUCUCUGAGACAUUUCCUAUCUGUUUGUUACACUUCUUGUCACCGGUUGCACUGGGAGUUUUCUUUUCGGGAUGAGUUUAGCGAGGAGUUUCGGGCAUGGGAAGCAAGGGAGAAUCAGGCACGGCCGGUUUCGGUAUUGAUUAAACCUGACUGACUGGGUCAGAUGAGUAACAUAAUAAUUCUAAUGAAGACAUGUGAACAACACCCCUAAGGUCAUCUAUCAU